AUGCGAUGCGCGAGCAAGGCCGCCGAGAGCGCGUCCGCACGUCUCUGUGAGGACGCCGAAGCAGAAACCGCAGCAACUGAUGUCUCAUCGGUUGCUGAAGCGACUCAGCCUGUGUCACUUGGUGAUACAGGCGCUCGUCAUGAAGACACUCAUGUCUUCACAGAGUAUGAGCUCGGUGUCUCAUACUCUCCUGAUACGGAAGAGGGAUCCGUAUCGAUGACGAUCGAAUCCAAGCCGCCUGCCAAGCGUGGCAAGGAUGAUGCUAUGCGUCGUAGAAUCUUUGGUUCAUCGAUGAAUCAGAUGAACCAUCACCGAAGCGGAGGCGCUCGAGGUCGCGAGACUCGGGCGCUCACAAUGGUGUCGGUUCUCCUAUUGACACCACUUCGCAGCGAGGUACCAGUACUUCUGUCGGCACGUCGUAGGAAGAGCGGGACCGCAGUGUGUUGCGUCUCGCUCCCGAGAAGAAGGCAUGGCUGCCUCCAAAGUCAGUCAUGA